AUGAAAACGCAAGGGUUACCUAAUCUCUUUUAUGCAGAGAACAACGGUGGAUUCCGAUAUAUGCUCUAUGCCGCCAAGCUCGACCCCGACCGGAUGGAUCGGCUUAGGCGAUACCACGGCCAAUCCGACUUCUCCGUCACUGCUGUCGAUAGGAACCCGUCGUCUCCAUCUCCUUCUCUCGGAUUCGGAAAGGCCAUCAGAAAAGAUGUAGCUAUGCCCAUUUCUGUUUUGGAAGCAGAUUUGGAAGUUUCUGUAGGUGGUGAAGGGUUCAAUAUGGGUGCAGAAAACAACAUUGAGAUUGAGGAUGGAACUCUGGAAAUUGGAAUAGGAGUGAUAGUCAAGUUGGUCCCAAGAAACACUGUGAUUCCCAACCACAAGUCCCAAAUUUUCAGUAUUUAAUCAGGAAACUACUGUCACUAUUCGGGUAUCAGACGUGUGAUUUCAGAUGGCCUUGAAAAUGAACAAGAUAUGAAGGGUACCAAUUUAUUGCUUUAUGAAAACACUAAACUGCUUUUGUAUAUUCAAUAGGUUUCUGAGGGUAACAGGAGUCAUAAAGGACUGCAAUUUCUUUGGACUUGAUACAUUUGUUAGGCGCCUCAUUAUUAUUAGGUUUACUGUCAGAUUUGAAUUUCCAUGAUGUGGGUGUAAAUAUUAAUUAUUAAUGAAUACAUUUCUCUUGCUCUCAUAUUUGCUUCAUUUUGGAACAUCCAGUUAUACGUUUUAAAAAGAAAAG